UCAUCAGUUAUAUGAAGUAGAAAAGCAAAUUAGUGGAUGUGUAUCUCACUGCCACAGUAAGAUGGAAAAACAAAAAGCAUGUCUCAUCUUUCAUGACCACAGUGCAAGGAAUUUAUUUUGUUUCUUUCAGAUGGGAAUCGCGCAUCUGACAUAAAGUCGAAUAACAUCCUGCUCGAUUCUGUCGGUCAUAUCGGCCUUGCAGACUUUGGGUCAUGUAAGCAGUUCCAACCACAUGAUAGGAAGACGUGCCAGCACACAAUGACGGAGUGCCGAGUGUCAGCAGAAGUAGGUGACAGCCCGUUCUUGGUGAAGUCACACUACACCUUCCAGACGGAUUCCGAUCUGCACCUGGUAAUGGACUUUCUGGAAGGUGGAGACCUGUAUGACCUUCUCAACCAGCGAGAGAAGUUUGCCGAGGAGGCCGUGAAGUUCUACACGGCGGAGAUCGUCCUCGGCAUCGAAUACCUGCACAAGGUAGGCGCACGGACGCACUGCAGCCCUCGUCAAUGAAGUGCUUAACAAAUA